UAACAGAGUUAAUAGGUAAAAACAGUUCUGCUUCUGCAACCCUUGUCCUAUUUGCAACUUGUUAAUAACAUGUACUUUACCUUCACAAGUCAAUUCUUUUAACCCCUCUCCUAAUAAAUCUCCUCUGUGACUCUGAUAUUGGCAUGUCUGCUUCAAAGUUUGGUUUGAGUUCUCAUCAUUUAUCACAUUCUGCUGCUGCAAUAUUCACCCCCAGGAUCAAUGGCUUUGGUUUUUUAAAGUGCACAGCCUUCAAACAUGAAACUUGGGAGUUGAUUGUGACCACUGAUUCUCCUCACCAAUGAAUCCACUGCUCAACAUCGAUGCCACUCAGUACGGAUUCUCCACUUCUGUGUAUCAUUAAGUCCUUUCUUCAGACCCAGCUUUUUACUCAAAUAGUUUCUUCAGUACGUAAAAAUCACUGUCCAUUUCCCUUCUAAGUCCCAUUUCCUCAUUUCAUCUUUUUUAGAAAUCAUAAUCAUAUGGGGUUUAUAUUUCCCAUCUUUCACUGUAGUGGAGAGUAUAACUCACCUGCCUCAAAUUUCCACUUCUCUUAGUUCAUUGUUAAGUUAAGAUCAUACCCAUUACCCAACACAUAGAGGCUAAAAAAACCAUCAUGUCUAACUCUAUCAACCAUGAGAACCAAUUUGGAAGCCAAGAGCUUGUUGCUUAUGGUUCUUCUUUGAGGAACAACAACAACAACAACAGCAAUGCAGCAUUUGCUGACACCAUGGGAGCAUUUUCAAGCAUUCAAUCUAUUGAAGGGUCUGAGAUGAGCCACACAAGGCAUUUGAUGGAUCUUCUUGGUGCUGCAAACCAGAGCAAUCACCAUCACCAAACUCAAGGUCUCUCACUUUCUUUAGGCUCUCACAUGCUUGUUUCUCCUCCUCCUUCUGAUGAAUACAGACACCGACCGUUGAACCCUGGUCUCAUGAACCCCAACUACUUCAUGCCUCAAGAGACAACCACUGACUAUUUUUUCAGUGGCGGUAAUGGUGGUGGUGGUGCUUUUGCUCCUUCUUCAGCCUCACUGAACCGUUCUCCUUCCACUUCUUAUGGAGCAGAGUCUUUUGCUGCUGUCAUUGGGAGCUCGAGGUACCUCAAACCGGCUAAGUCCCUUCUUAAAGACCUUGUUGAUGUUGGUGGAAGUGUUGUUGAUAGAAUCAAUGAAAAGCUGUUUCAUGGGAGUGGAGCAGGUGCAAGAACACUUUCCUUGGAGUUAAAAGCAGAGUUGAGAAACAAUGGGCAUUUAUUGGCUGACAAACAUGAACAUCAAGUCAAGUUUGCAAAGUUAAUUUCUUUAUUGGAUGAGGUUGAAAGCAGGUAUGAGAAAUACUGCCAUCAAAUGGAAGAAGUGGUGUCAUCUUUUGAAAUGAUAGCAGGUGUGGGAGCUGCCAAGUGUUACACAGCACUGGCACUUCAGGCCAUGUCUAGGCACUUCUGCAGCUUAAGAGAUGCCAUAGUUUCACAAAUAAAUGUGGAGAAAAGAAAACUCUUUCAAGAUUUGCCUAAAAUCAAUGGUGGAAUAUCUCAACUAAGCUUAUUUGAUAGAGAUAAUAGACAUAGUAGAAUGUCUCUCCAACAUCUUGGUGUGAUCCAAAGCCAAAGACAUGUGUGGAGACCCAUCAGAGGCUUGCCUGAAACCUCAGUAGCAAUCCUCCGUUCUUGGCUCUUUGAGCACUUUCUCCACCCUUAUCCUAAUGAUUCUGAAAAGUUAAUGCUGGCAUCCCAGACUGGUUUAUCUAAAAACCAAGUCUCAAAUUGGUUCAUAAAUGCUCGGGUACGGCUAUGGAAACCAAUGAUAGAAGAAAUGUAUAAAGAAGAGUUUGGAGAUUCUUCUGAAGACUCCAACCCGCCAGUUAAUAACUGCUUGGCUAUGGUAGAAGCCACAGACUGUGUGGAGGAUUGAGUUUGAGCUUGGUUGUAUCAACUUUUUUUUUUUACUAGGAAUCAAUUUUGGCUUUCAAAAUCUAUUCUAACUUCUCCCGAAAAAAUUGAUUUUGACUUUAGAAUCGUAGAAGAAUUUCCGCAUGUUCCUAAUAGGCUAAUGGCCCAGGAAGGGGAUGAUUGGUAGACAAAAAUGGGCCCUGAAAUUCACGGUUGCCUUUUUCUCCAAAUUCAGGAGAGAAUGAUUAUGUAAUAUGACAAGGUAGGCCAACAUUGUUUGUUGUCUUUAGGUGAGUUCUAGUUUUUGAAAAUCAUGGCUAAUGAUGGUCUCUUUAGAUAAGUCACCACUCACCAGCUUUCAGCGUUUUAACACAUUUUUGAGGAUUUUGCUUGUAGUCAUGUCAGGUUUGCAAUUGAUACCUGUUUGUAGGAAAAGGCAAUGGAUGACAAGAUCGAUUUAACACAAACUGCUGUAUUCAGUAACAUUCGCGUAUGCCAAUGUUUAAUCUUCUUGUGAUAAUGGAGACAGAGAUUUCAUAAGAUUUGUUCUUAUGAAAUCAAACUAAAUGAAAAAAAAUGUGAGAUUAAUCAUUCAUCUUGCAAUUAACGCACUA